CAUCAUCCUGCCCGCCAUGGCCACGCUGCACCCGAUCCCGCCCCCCUUCUUCUCCCCCUACCUCGACGACCAAUGCACAAAGAUCAACAACAAGGCCGUCCCCUGGGAGGGAUACCAGAGAGCCAAGCUCCUCUCGCAGGAUGAACUCUCCCUCCUCAAGUCGCUCUCCAAACUCCCGCCAGCACAACGUCCGACCGUGUUCGCGACCCAAGGUCCGCAAUACGCCAAGCUCUAUAUCGAUCUCCUGCGCAAGCUCCAACGUGUAGACACUGUCCAGGCCGUUCUUGUGUCUAUCAACGACAUGCUCUCUGACACCACCAACAUCUCCUACUUUCACAGCUUGGCUACCGCCGAAAACCCGACUGACCCCUAUGGGCCUAUCGUCAAGUGCUUGGGCAUGGAGGAAGAGUUCCCGGUCUUGGGUAGCUUGAGGAUAUUGGCUCUGCUUAUUGCCACCGACCCCAAGCCCUUCCCAGAAUCCCUCGUCCCAACUCUCUUGUCAUCUCUCCAAACCCUUCUCAACGGCAGUCGCAUACCGCUCUGGGAAGUGGCUGCUCAGGUACUCGGUGCAGUCCUUGGUACCAAGCAGUUCCGAAAUGCCGUCUGGGAAGAGGAAGGGGCCAUCUCGGGCUUGAUCAAAUCUCUCAAAUCCAACCCCAAUCCUCAAGCUCAAUACUGGGCCAUCUUUUCUCUCUGGCAGCUGUCUUUUGAAAAGAAGGCCGCCGAAGGGCUGGACAAGAAAUAUGAUGUGGUUGCUUUAUUGACAGAUGUCGCCAAAGCUGCGGUCAAGGAGAAGGUCCAGCGAGUUGUCGUUGCUACUUUCAAGGUGUGUCUCAGAUCAGGCAUCAACUUCAUUUGCUCACCCUUCAUUAGAACCUCCUCGCUAUCGCCCCCUCUCAAAACUUGCCUUCCAUGUUUGUCACCAAGCUCCUCCCCUUCAUCACCUCCCUUCAAUCCCGCAAAUGGUCCGACGAAGAGAUCGUCGAAGACCUUGAUUACAUUCAGGGCGAGCUCAAGACUCGACUGGACGGCUUGAGUACUUAUGACGAGUAUGUAAAGGAGCUGGAGAGCGGGCACUUGGUCUGGUCGCCUGUACAUGACACGGUCGAUUUCUGGAAGGAGAACGGUUUGAGGAUCGGGCAGGAGGAUGGAGGAAGCGCUGUCAAGCGACUAGUCGAGCUCAUCACAACUUCCAAAGACCCCCUCGUUCUCGCCGUUGCCACCCACGACAUUGGCAAGUACGUGAGGUACGGCGGGGAACGUAGCAGGGACACCGUUGAUAAACUUCACGGCAAGACUCGGGUGAUGGAGUUGAUGUCGCAUGAGAACGGGGACGUGAGAUAUCAGGCCUUGAUGACGGUGCAGAGCUUGAUGAGCCAGCAUUGGAAGUAGAGAGGCUGAAAGAAAGGCGUCAAUAGUAUGUUAGUUGUAAGACAUGUAUAGGAAGUAUUCGGC